CUCAAGACGAUACCGACGCCCACUCUGCUCGCCAUGGCCGACGAACACGCCACCUACCACCCGCAGGACGCUCUCGCGAACACAGGAAGCACAGUUUUGCAGCUCACCGCUGUUGGCGCCGUCAUUGCCGGCGUACAGAACACCCUCCGCAAGCAGAAUGUCGGCGCUAUGGGCAUCAUCACUCGCUCGGGAGGGAUAAUCGCCCUCUAUGCCGGUGUGGGAGCCGCCUACCAGUUCACCAAGGACGUGACCAGCAACCUGCGACACAAGGACGACGUCUACAGCGAAGCGAUUGCCGGUUUUGCGGCAGGCUCCGCUGUUGGCGUUGCUAGGCGGAGUCUUCCUUUCAUGCUCGGCGCUGGAGUGGCCUUCUCCACCGUUAUGUCCGCGUACAGAUAUACAAAUGGCUUUAGGGGUCCUGGGUCUCUCGAGACAGACGAAGACGAGGUUGCGCGAAAGGAAGCGUUGAGGAAGGUAUACCGGCGACCACUAUCGGAGACCAUCGAGCAGCUGGGCGAAGGCCGAGGUAUCUAUGCUCCCGGCUACGACGAGAGGAGGCGACAAAGGCUGCUGGAGAAGUAUGGAAUCGAUGUGAAGGCAGCGCAGGAGUAAAGCUCGACACCACACUCUUUCCUUGGAGUUCACAACAAUACCAGAUAGCGAUCCUGGAAACCUGGGGCUUUGCAGCCCUAUGUAAAUACUACCUUGAUUAUUCUGCAUCGAAAUUGCUACUUUCUCCCUUGCUCGACACGAACAAAGCCUUGAGCUUCACAAAGGACUUCCAAUGCAUGUGGAGGGUAAGGAGGUCAGGUUUAUCUUUUUCGCGACGUGACAAUUCCCCUUCUCAUACAGUAAUCUGAAACCUUGGUUCAUCGUUCAA